AUAAUGUCUCCAAAGAGGGGAUCAGAAGAUAUUUCUAAUCCAGCAUUCAAGUAUAUCUUCUGCAAAACAAAAUAAUUUAAGGACUUUAAUAGUUUUAAAUCUUAGAAUUAAUGAAAGCACAACUCAAUAAUAUUUAAUAUGAAAAACCAAUCAAACUCAGAAGAGGAAUAUUUAGCAAACAUAUUAUCUGCUUUCCUCAAGAUUCGAUAAUAGGAAGAGUAAAAAGUUGCGAUACAAGUCUGAGGAUAUAAAACUAUUGCAAAAUCUUAAAGUAGAGCAACGAGAACUGGAAAAUCAGAUCCACUUAAACGUAAAAUAGGAACAACAUAAAUCUAAUUUUAAUGAAAAUACCAAGAAACAACCUAAAGUUCUUAAAAUCUCCAAAAAUAGUGAGAAAAAAGGAGACAAAUAUACUGAAUAUGGAAUCUUCGAGGAUGGGGCUUAUGUAUGUUUAAAGUGUUAAAGCAAAAUCAAAAGAACUUAGGAUUUGCUCAAGCACUGGACUGUAUAGCAUUAGAGGCAAGCAAUACGUAGGAGAAAACGAAACAUGA